AUGCGGUCCCUCGCUGCCAUUCCGACGCUCUCCACUCUAAUCUUACUACUCCACUUUCUACAACUGGUGAUCGCAACUCCCUUAUCUCUCAACGAAUCUGCCCUCGAAUUUGAACAGAACACCCUCGAAAAGCGAACAGCAUGCUCGAAUCCUUGCGGCUAUAACGGCUGGCUUUGCUGCGGCUCCAGCCAGACCUGCAUCACCAACAGCGCCGGCGAAGCGGAAUGUCUAGAGGGUUCGAGUGGUGGCAGCGGCAGUUGGCAGUACUAUACAACCACCUAUGUGGUCACCGAAACCGAUCGAUCUACCAUAACCUCUGUCUGGAGUAGUCACAUCGCAGCCCCUACGGGAACCUGCAGAAUCGACCUCGGUGAGGUGAAGUGCGGCACCACCUGCUGCGACGCAGCACAGGAAUGCCAGGACGGCGUAUGUGUUGCUGAGAGCUCUUCUGUCGCGGUGACUGGCUCUGAAGCAACGGCAACUGGUGAAGCUAGUCCUGGUGUGCGUGAAACGAGCAGUGGCGCGUCAACUGUGACGCAGACCUCAGCGCCCACCACUACCCAGGGAUUCAUCGCGCCCGUUGGAACAAACGGAGCUGACCUGAUCGGAAUCAAGGCAACCAACAAUGGAGGAGGGCUGAGCGGCGGCGCAAUUGCGGGCAUUGUGAUCGGUACGAUUGCAGGCGUCAUCUUGCUUCUGCUCCUCUGUGGCUGCUUGUGCUUCAAGGGCGCCCUGGACGCUCUUCUUGCAGCCAUGGGAAUCAGGAAGCGCCGUAGACGCGAAACGACCGUCGAGGAGCGAUACUCACACCAUUCACAAGGCAGUCGCCCUCGUCCUCCGGGCCGAACUUGGUUCGGAACCAGGCCGGCAGCAGCAGGGACAGAGAGCUCAGUCAGUGAGAAAGAAUCCAAGUGGAGUGGCUGGGGCACAGUUGCCAUCAUCUUGGGAGCACUUGCGCUCUGCUUGGGAUUGAAGCGACACAGAGAUCGCGAGCAAGAAGACGACGACAAGACCAGUUAUACCUACCCGAGUUCGUACUAUUACUAUUCGGACUACACACGGAUGACAGUUCUGGCGGACGAACGCGAGACACGCGGCGGUCUCGACGCUCAGGACGCUCACGGCGAUGAUCGGGAUAUUCAUGAUGAGCCUGGCUGA